AUGGUUCGCCCGUCAUUAUUUCUUGCUUCUCUGCUUCCAAUCGUCACAGCAAGCUGGGACAUCAACAACGAGGCGCAAAGACAUGCUUGUCAAACACCCUCGAAAAAUCCAUUGGAUGGUUGUGAUUUGCAAAAGACGAAAUAUGUAGAUUUCGUGGGCAAUGAUCCAAAUUUCAAGACGGUGCAGUCUGCUGUGGCAAGUUUGCCAAAUAAUACUGAUACAUAUGUUAUCCUUAUUGCAUCCGGAAACUAUACAGAGCAGGUCAACGUCACUCGUAGUGGUCCCACAUAUCUGCUCGGCGAAACCACAAAUCCUUACAAUCAAUCUGCGAACACCGUCAAUAUCAUCUGGAAGGCGGUUGCUGGUACUGGGGAUAAUGCUUACACAUCUACUCUGACCGUUGCACCGACACUCAAUGCAUCAUUAACUGGAAGCGGACCGACUGGGUUUACUGUCCCACCAGGAACACCAUUUGGAUGCACAGAUUUCAGAACAUACAAUCUGAAUUUCAUCAAUGAUUUUGUGCCAUACUCUGAUGGACCUUCCCUUGCAUUGAGCAUAAGUUACGCAAACGGUGGCUUCUACUACACCGGCUUCUAUAGCUACCAAGAUACUGUUUACGUGGGCAAACUAUCCAACUCCUACAUGUCUAAAUCUCUUGUCGCCGGACAGACCGAUUUCUUCUACGGCUUCGGAACUCUCUGGGUCACUAACACACAAAUCUCACUUCGAUCAUGUGGUGGAGGAAUUACCGCAUGGAAAGGAUCCAACACGACUUUUGAGAACAAAUACGGAGUGUAUAUUGUCGAUUCAACUGUGCAGAAAGCAAAUAGCAGCUUAAACAUCACAGGAAAAUGUCCACUGGGCAGACCUUGGAAUGCACAAAUGCGAUCUAUCUUCGCCCGCACCUACCUCGAUGAUUCGAUUCUCCCCGCGGGUUAUAUCGAUUGGGCAUCUCCCCGCUACAAUGCUAAUAAUGGUAAAUAUAGCACCGUCCAAGCUGAAUAUAAGAAUUAUGGACCUGGAUACAACGCAACUGCACGAGCUCUUUCGUUGUUCGAUGUCCAAUAUAAUGACAGCCAGUGGGCUCCUUACAGUAGUCCAGCGAAAGUUUUCCAGGAUCCUCAAGGAAAAUUUGGGGAUGUGAGCUGGGUGGAUUUCAACGUUUAA